AUGGCAUUUACCACGAGGCUGGUUCGAAGCCGAAACACCAACAACACACACCUGGAUCCCGACAUGGACGAUAUUCCGAGCGAAUUGAUGCAGAAUGCGGCUCAGGCCUCUCGUCUUCGCCGACGGGGCGCGAUCAGGAGUGGCGGACGGACAGAUCUUUUUCCUUCUGGUUCUCAUUAUCUAGGCCGUGAAAACCCGGACUGCUUGCUUGUCAGUUCGUUGCGCGGGGCCAAUGACCGACAUGGAGUGCGUCGGGUUAUAUGUGGUGGACCAGAGGAGGUGGAGGAGGAGGAUACAAGUGACCAAGAAAGCGACAGUGGUUCUUAUUAUUCUCCUACGAACGCAUCUCCUUAUCGGACUUCACCUCUCCCCAGCACUAUCGACUUGCGCACGGUACCCACACGGGCAGCGCCACCCCGUAAAUCAGGCCGUAGCCAUACCCAAAAUGGAUGUGGCGCAAUAUUGCACUACAGCGCUCUUAGUGUCCCCCGCAUGCGGUCCUGCGCAGCUCUCAUCGAGCCCGACGACGAGGACGCAGCGAUCGGCGGCCUUCCGGAACACACAUACCCAGUUCCCAAGUCCAAAUCGAUGUGCAAGUGUACCCGAGAACGAGUGGGCUGCUUGCGAUGCGGGAACGAAGUCGGCGUGCGGUACCGCCCGUGCGCAAUGCACAUGUUCCGAAUCGACCGUGCGUCUGUGCUGUUCAAUCCGAAACAUACGCAUCUCGACGAGCCGUUUUCGGAACUCGAGACUCAUGCGGACGAUUCGGAUUCGGAUUCCUUUAUGUCUACUAGUGCGGGAGGAACAAAUAUGGGCACGGGUCUUCAUUCGGUGAUUAAUACGCUCAGCGCGUUGGUCGGCCAACAGCAACGUCAACCACUGCGGUCUCCACCUCCUGUCCCUACGCCACUUCGAGCGGGCCUUUCUCCUAUGCUGGCACUUUCGGAACUUCCUUGGAUUCAAGAGCCGAAUGCGUUGCCGGCCACUGGCGCUAAUGCAACUCCAUUAUCGCCCGUGUCUUUGACUCUUGCCUUGCGCCGUCCGUUGCGGGGUGAUGGCGAUGAGCCUAGUACCCCCUUGGAUGUCGACAUCGCUGAAUCCGACACAGGCAGACGCACACCGGUGCCGGCUAGGCGUAAUGCACCAAACCCACAAAACUACCAAGCUUAUCCCCCGUUUACCCAACACCCACCAGCUCAGUAUCCACCAGCUCAGUAUCAACCACCUCAAAGCCAACUAUGGCGUCAAGCUACCCCACAACCACCACCACACCUCUCAGGCAAUCUGCAAGUACCCCACAAUGGUCUACCGUUCCUACCACCUAAACCCGAGAUAAAUACUUCUAAUAAUGGGCCUCCUUGGAUUGACCGUGGCAAUCAAGUUUCUAGCCCAUUUGGUAUCGCGCCCGAUAUUUCUCGCCAGUGGGCACCGUCUCCUGUCCCUAGCGGAGCCAUGGCAGACCACCGAGCACAUUCUCUGCCUCCUCAGUCCGCUAUUCCUAGGAUGGGACAUAUGUUUCCUCCCGAGCAUGUCAGGAUGCUCGAUGGGGGAAAGCCAGAGGUGGCUAUCCCUCAUGCCUCCCAGUAUCACAUUUCACCAACGACAUACCAAAACCCGUUCAGUCCUGCGAUGUCCAACGCCAGCCUCUCUCCUCGAGCAUACGUUGGGUCCCCCAUGAGCACUUCGUCCCAUAGUGGUUCGUUGCCUCCUUCGACCCCGGCAAUGAAUACUUCUACGCUACUAGCAUCUCCCAGUGAACUACCUCCUAGGCCACCUUCACAGCUACCUUUUACACCCCCUCCACCUCCACCCCCGCUCCUAAACCGAGGAACGACCCCGGGGCCAGCUCAUCAUAGCCUGCCUGUACCAAUCUCUCAACCUCAACCCAUGGCCCCGCCACCCAUGCCAACUCAUUAUUCCGAGCCGCAUCUCCAUAUGUACUAUAACCACUCACCAGUUCAGACUCGACACACUUCGUUGCCCGUCUUUUCUCCCGGGCCGACGACCAUUCCGACGACACCUACUCCUGCCCCCUCUUUUCCUGUGCCAACAAUAGGAGCGCCUGUAUCCUUACGAACGGAGAGCACGGGUAACUGGGUAGGUGGAAUCGUUCCCCGAUCUAGUAUGCAUUUCCGUGCACCGUUCCAGCCAGACUGGAAUAAUAUGCCAUCUAUACCACAAGCGCAAACUCCUCAACCCCCACUCCCGCCCCCACCUUCUCAUGCACCACCUCCGCCUCCUGUUCUUCCACCUCCGCCUCCGGGUGGUGCUCCCUAUGUGUCUGCACUUCGAAUCCCAGCUCCUCCGCCAGUUCCUCCACCUCCUCCACCACCAAAACACACGGUCACUUCACCGACUAUUCUUACUCAUGGUCCAUGGUCAGAUGGGUUGAAUUUCGAAGGGCCACCCCUUCCUACUAAAGACCAGAACGCGCCAAUUAAUGAAUUACCCCUACCGCCCAAGGUGCCUGUUCUGCCUCCAAAGGAUUUUCAGCCUGUGCUUCCUGUUACCAACUCGCCGGCCCCAAUCGACCAAGAAGCCGAACUGCGCGAGGCACUUCAGAGGAGCUUAUCCGAGGUCUCGAGUACUCCGGAUGAGGAAAGAGAUCUCCAAGCGGCGAUGUAUGAGAGUAUGCGUGAGAUGUCGAUGGGACAUAAUGUCCUCGGUGCCGAUUCGGAGUUACUGUCGGGAAGUAGCUUAAAUGAAGGAAGUGGUGCAUGGACACCCGUUCUGCGGUCGUCGUCGCCAGAAGAAGUCGGUGCUACAUAUGCUCGCAAACCUCCACCCCCUUUACCUAUCUCUGCCAUCCCCACGCCUAACCAGAUCUCCCUGCCACAUGGUGAAAUGGCAUCGAACUCUACCGACGAUUCCUCAGCAGGUAUUGUGAUACCAAGCAUGAGUCUGAGUCUAGAUGAGCCGCCGCCACCUACUUAUGAAGAAGUUACCGGUUCUGCGACUCACUCCCCUGCGCUACCUAUUGAAUCGAUUGAACCUAUUCCAGUGGACCAUGCUUCUACCAGCUCAUCUCCCGCUCCGUUAUUCGGCCAUCCCCGUUCGCCAGCCGUCCAACCAGGGAAUAACCAAGGAAUCCGAUCGCCGUCUAUAGAGGCUGAAGUUCCUAUAAUCGAAGUCGUCCCACCUAGUCAUCACAAUAGCCUUUCCAGACCCCAGCGUCAGCAGGACGAGGCGCUCUCUAGGACCUCGAGUGUAUCACCCCCUACUCAAACUCGGCCACGCGUGGCUUCCCAAGCGCAUCCGGCUGCUGACCUGUUGCCGCAUCAUGAACCUGAGCUAACUACCGUUAGCAAGCGGCAAAGAGUUCUAUCAGUGUCACAUGCACUCGGCCAGUCUAGUUCACGCUUAUCUCGGGCAUCUGUGUUCUUUGGGAUGUCGAGCUCUACUACUAAUUUAGCGGAGGGUCCUCCAAACCGUACAUGGGCCAUAGACGAAGAAUCGCCGGGUAGUUCCGGUGGACUUUUAUUACAACCACCUCAACCCUCAAGUAGCACACUCGGUCGACUACAUUCACGUAACGCAUCCAAAUCGAACCUGCAAGAAACUCCAGCCGAUGCACCGCCGGUUGAGACACUUUUGCAUGGAAUUUCUUAUGGCUUCCGGGAUCCGGAUCCCCCCACACCCGUCUCAAUGCCCCCCGCAAGCCCCUUGCCUCCGAGUAUUAUGAUCGGUAAGAAUGAUGCAUUCCAUGUCCAGGCGCCCAACUUCCGGCAUUUGCUGCGACUGCUCUCGCAUUAUGGAAGCACCAGCAUCAUGGCUACCCCCGCAGCAAUUGCCAGCAGCAAGUCGGGUACGCAUUCCCUUCGUGUCGCUUUGUAUUUCGUCCGCGGAAACCAUGAUCGCGACCCAUGGCUCUGUCGCUUGUUCCUUGAGCUUCACACGCCGGACGAUAAAGAAACCACCACCACUGUACCGGAUACCUCCCUGCUUUGGUCAGACUCAUCGUUUACCGCGCCUUGUGGUCCUCGUGGGAAGCUCUAUGUUCUCCCGGGUCCUUUGCCGAUACUACCACUACCUUUCCAGACCCUCUCAUCAUUCAUUGUCAAACGUUUGGACGAAGCAUGUCAUUCAUCAAAUGACAGCAUCAAACGUUUGGAAAGAAUCUUAAUCGAGUGCUAUGGGUCUGUCGGAGGAGCGUCCAAUUCGGCCGAAGAAAUAGGCGGAAGACAGAAAGGUUCUGGAAACAUUUCGUUUGGUGGUCUGUUUUCUCGCGUCAAGGAUAAAUUUAGCUCGGAUCGGGGAGGAACAAUGAAUGAUCACACUUACGACUUGAUUUCACCUUUCCAAAUCGACGAGUAUCAAUGA